UGUCACUCGUUCAAUCAAUUGUUAAUCUUCAUCAUGCGCCUGUCUUCAGGCCUCCUCCUGGCCAGCGCCUCCAGUGCGUUUGGCCAAUUUAAGCAGUUUACGAGAUUUACAAACACUAGCACCCCUGCUGUCGAGACCUCAACCUCUUCCACUGAAUUCGAGACUUCUUCUGUCCCGCCUACCGCGAGUAUCGAAACCACUGCCACCAGUGUUGAGACCACCACUUCAUCCUCAGCAUCAGUCCUUGCACCAAUUGUACUCAAUCUCAAAGACGCCAUAUUGGGCCCGGGUGCUUCUUUCUACCCACCACCUGACGGAGAUACUAUCCUUAUGUCUCCUGUGGCCACUGACUCUACCCUCAAGCGUCGCGCUGUUCCUGUUCCUGCUCCGAUCGUCAUUACCUCCUUGAAUCUCCCCAACAAUGCAGUUUCCUCUUUUAAACAACAAUUGACUUCAUCUCUAGCUGCUACCCUAAGUAUUAACGUGGCACGUUUCAUAGUUACAAAUAUCACAUGCACUCCAGGCAUGUGCGGCGGACUCAGUAAGCGGGCUGAGAGUAGCCCUUGUGCUUUCGAAAUUGUCGCCAAUGGUGAGGUUGUCCAGAUUGAACCUAUUCCCGAGAGGUUCAGCGGCAGUCUUGAAAUAUCUACCAACCCUUUUUUCCUGAAGCUCUCCAACGAAUAUAAAUUCCAACAAGCUUGCGGCGAUGUAAUCGUCCCUGUAAUCAUUGAAGGGGUCGCCCUCAAGGAUGCUCAGGGUGCAAGUUCAACUCCUAUUCCUUCCCUCAGUAUUGGUAUUCCUACUAGUAGUGAGACUGGUUCUUCUACCGAAACCAACGACGCAGAGUUUACUACCAACUCCGAAGGCGAAACCAUCUUCCCUACCGAGACUGCUACUGAAACCAACAGUCAAGAGUUUACGACCAACUCUGACGGUGAAAUUAUCUUCCCUACUGGGACUGCCCCUGGUGCCAGUAGUGAAGUUGUCGCUACAAACGCCGAGGGUACCACUACCAACUCAGAGGGCGAGACUGCCUUCCCCACUGGUACUUCUACCGGUACAAUUUCUUCUGCUUCUUCAACAACUACUUCAAUUGCUGGGUUUCCCGGUGAUGUCGGCGGUUUCAGUCUCUUCGGAUGUGCAGGGUCUACCGCUGGCUUCCCUACCUAUACCCUUGCUGAGUCCAGCCCGUUGAUGGACCUCAACGUGUGUGCUGGCCUUUGCGAAGGACGUGCUCAUUUUGGCGUCCAUGAUACUGCUUGUUACUGCGGUGAUGUGUAUGACUUUGAUAGUACUGUCUGGUACAACCUGGACCAAUGCGAUAUUGAGUGUCCUGGAGACAAGACCCAAUUCUGUGGAGGUGAAGUCGAGAGCAAGCUUCGAGCCCGCCAGGCCAUCUCUAGCAAUAUCCUUCUUACACUCUACGCUAAGGCCGAGGCUGCUAUCUCUCUUACUGAGUCUGUCACCCAAACGGUAACAAACCAGGAGACCAUUAUUACCACUUUUACCACUGUCGCUAGCGGUGAAAGCAUAGCCACCGAGGUCGUCACCGCCACUCUGGUAUGCAUUGAUGGGAAAUGCCAUUCAAGCAGCUCUAACACCGUUGCCGUCUACAUUUUUGUCGAGGUCAACGGCAGUGAUUGUAACGGCCAAUGGGUCUAUAUCUCUGAGCCCUGCCCUGGCGGCCAACAGCAUAUUCCCCAUCUCUGCUCAGACGGAAAAUGCGCCAGCCUCAAGGUUUACAAGCCUCAACAAUGCCCAGAUUGGUAUAACUAUAAGUCCUUCUUUGUUCCAGCAGAUUGCACAACUUGCGCUCAAGGCAAGAUUAGUUAUCAGCCUUGGGAGAAGUCUUGGGGUACGCCUGAUAACUGCAACGGCCAAGUUCCUACCUGCGACACAUUCGGAUGUCCUUCCCAACAGGGCGUUGUUAAACCCCACCACGGUAUCAGCUGGAACUCCACUAUUCCUCAUGGAGGUUCCGGAGGAGGCUAUAACCCCAGCCCCAAUGGCGGUUCCAGUGGAGGAUCAAGCUCAGGCUCGAACGGAGAUUCAAGUGGAGGUUCAAGUGGAGGCUCCAGUGAAGAUUCCAGUGGCGGCAGCGGCGGUGGUUCAAACGGAGGUUCCAGCUCUGGUUCCCAAGGAGACACAGAGGGUUCUGGCGCCCCUGGUUCUAAAGGCUCUUACCCCAGCACUGUCCCUGUUAUUAGUGGUGCUAUCAAGAAGGCCUCUGGUGUACUUUCUCUUCUUGCCGGACUUUUAGCCCUUCUGUGA